UUACUAUAAAUAUGCCUGAAGGUUUAGUCUCUGUCAAGAAAUUCCAAAGCUGACCAGCAAAUUGAAGAUCAACUCUUCUGUACUCACAGCUGAAAAUCACUUGGAGUGCUAAAUCAGAAGACUGUAACAAGGUGUCAACUCUGCAAUAAAAAGGCGUGGAAAUCAAUUUUACAAUCUAUUAACAAAAUGUCUGUCCAUCAAGUGCUCUACAUUAUUCCGUUCCUGUUAUCCCUCCUCACACUCAUCUCCUCCUCUGAUGACUGUUCUGAACAGAACUCGUACCUGUGGAAAGUAGACACACAACCUCCACUGUACCUCUUUGGGACCAUGCACGUGCCCUACACCAAACUGUGGGACUUUAUACCUGAAAAUGUGAAGACUGCUUUCAGCUCAUGCGAUGAAGUGUGCCUAGAACUGCGCCUCUCUGACGACGAAACAAGACAAGAAUUAUACAACUGCCAGCUGUUGUCAGGUGGUGUGGAGAGUGUGGAGGAGGUGCUCUCUAAAGAUAUGGUGCAAAGGAUCGAGCAAUAUCUUGAGUCCAUUAGAAAGCUAUUCUCAAAAUGGCUUCCUCAGUCUGGAUCUCCACUACUAGGUGGAGUAGACAGUGACACUAUGUUCAAGACAAUGACGAAUGGCUGGAAGAAUAAACGUCCCGUGUGGAUCCUAAUGCUCAUCAGCUCCCUCACCGAGGAGAACAUUAUCAAUAGAAAUAUUCCUCUAUUGGAUCUCUUCAUGGAUAAUGUCGCCGAGAAGUUGGGGAAGGAGGUGCAAGCAAUGGAGAGCCCUCGAGACCAGUGUCGGCCACUCAACAAGAUCAGCGAUGAGAAGGUGGAGCUGGCUCUCAGAGUACAGCUGGACUAUUUGGAGGGACAGCUGGCAAUCUCCCCGGACAAAGACCAGGAGAGCAAUAUCUACACAUACAGGUGUGGUGAUUUCAAGAAGCUGGUAUUGAGCACCUCCUUCCUGCCCCUCCCCCCUUUGGACAACAUCACCGUGACCUCCCCGACCCUGACUCCUAACGAGACAGCUGUACUUCACUCCGUUGAGGACUACCUCUGGAACCAGAUGGUAUUGAGGAGAAAUCGAAGAAUGGCUAACUCAAUUCAUAGCCUUCUUUCAAACACAAGAAACAAAACGUACUUUGUCGCCUUGGGAGCCGGCCAUUAUCUCAGUAACAGCAACGUCAUCCAGAGACUGAGAAGGAAAGGACACACGGUGGAACACAUUCCCGUGCAAAAAGAAAUUGACGGUCCCACUCUCCCCUCAAACACUGUCCAACUGGGUGACCCCAACAAGCGAGUCAUAGACCUGGAUGCCACCCAGGGAGAGGAGACUCCCCGCAGAGACUACCCCACUCUCUCACCUGAGGCAAAUGAUCGCAUCUGGAACUACAUUAAAUCUAAACCCCCUGUAGCACCUCCCUCAGAACAACAAGGCGAUCACCGGACAGCCAGACAAUCCCCUCUCCUCACAGACGCAACACAGGAACAGGGAACACCCGAUUCCAGUAAUACACAUGGGGACAUGUGGUCUCAAGAAGUUAUGGACUUAUUCCAAUACCAGGAACAGUCUGUGUCAGGUUCCAAUUCUAUAUUGGUUAGCACAAAACUGAAUACCAUUUUAUUAUUAGCGUUAGUUGCUGCAUUGUCAUUGAGUGCUCUGUGGUAGUGAGCUUUUAUAUACUUUUUAUUUGGCUUGGCUGGUAUAUAUUUAUUUUUAAAUCAUAACAUCAUCAUCAUUACUUCAAUCUGCACUCAAUCAUCAUCAUUAACAAUUCAUAAUUAUUUUAAUAACUUGAA